AUGACCUCGUGCAAUAAUUCUUGCGUCCUUGCAGAACACAGUGAACAGGUGUAUGCCUGGUGUCUCUCCCUGCUUGGAUAUUCCUUGCUUCCUUCUCAGAUCCGGGAGCUGGUUCCUGAGUCCCAGGCCUACAUGGAUCUGUUGGCCUUUGAACGCAAACUAGACCAGACCAUUAUGCGGAAGCGUGUGGAUAUUCAGGAAGCGCUGAAGAGGCCAAUGAAGCAAAAGCGGAAACUGAGACUUUACAUCUCCAACACAUUUAAUCCUGCAAAAUCUGACGCUGAUGACUCUGAUGGCAGCAUUGCUUCAUGGGAGCUGCGAGUGGAGGGGAAGCUCCUGGAUGACCUCAGCAAACAGAAACGAAAGUUUUCAUCUUUUUUUAAGAGUUUGGUUAUUGAACUGGACAAAGAUCUUUAUGGACCUGACAACCAUCUUGUGGAGUGGCACAGAACUCCCACAACCCAGGAGACAGAUGGCUUCCAGGUGAAAAGACCCGGUGAUGUCAGCGUGCGGUGCACAUUACUCCUCAUGUUGGACUACCAGCCUCCACAGUUUAAACUGGACCCGCGAUUAGCCCGUUUGCUGGGGAUACACACACAGACCCGAUCAGCCAUCAUCCAGGCUCUCUGGCAGUACAUCAAAACAAAUAAGCUGCAAGACUCCCAUGAUAAGGAAUACAUUAACUGCGACAAGUACUUCCAGCAGAUCUUUGACUGUCCACGGCUAAAGUUUUCUGAGAUUCCUCAGAGACUCACUAACCUGCUGCUGCCACCAGACCCUAUAGUGAUAAACCAUAUCAUCAGUGUUGACCCCAAUGAUCAGAAGAAGACGGCUUGUUAUGACAUAGAUGUAGAAGUUGAAGACCCAUUAAAGGGACAGAUGAGUAGUUUUCUUCUCUCAACAGCUAACCAACAGGAGAUUACAGCAUUGGACAACAAGAUUCAUGAGACAAUCGAAUCCAUAAAUCAGUUAAAAAUACAACGUGAUUUCAUGCUGAGUUUCUCCAAAGAUCCCAAAGGAUACAUCCAAGACCUUCUCCGGUCCCAAAGUAGGGAUCUUAAGGUGAUGACUGAUGUAGUUGGAAACCCAGAGGAAGAACGCAGAGCUGAAUUUUAUCAUGAGCCAUGGUCUCAAGAGGCUGUGAGCAGAUAUUUCUACUGCAAGAUCCAGCAGCGCCGGCAGGAACUGGAACAAUCUCUGGGAGUGCGCAACACAUAAGUACUGCUCACAAGAUCCCAUUGGCAUCAUGACCACCAAACCAGUGGACCUUUCAGUGUUACUUAGCUCACUGUUACACAUGGACCUGCUUCCUGACUGGAUGAGAAUGUACCAUCACCACACCAGUCAGAACACCAGCUUUAGUGUGACCCUUGAUAAUCUUGCCCGUGGGUGGUGUCUCAAACCAUUCCAGGCCACAGACAGCGCCAUACAAGUGUCAAAGAAGAUAAAAGGUUCAUUCAUCAACGCGCAUCAUUAAGUUUUAGUGGAAAGUUCAGACACUACACAGCAAAUCCUAAUGGGCUAUGCAUAGAAUCGUGGGUGGCAUUGAUGGGGGAGGUUGAGAUAGGUGUUAUAGGAGACUACAGAUUUAGAGAAAUAAAUGCAGUUUUCAUCCUAUGUUACCUAAGAGUCUCAAAUAGUAACUUCUCUGGAAUU